AUGGAGAGCGCUGAGAAGAGUUUGGUAAAGAGAGCAGUACUUACUGUGCCGAAAGAAAUCCAAGCCUGCACAAUCUUCUCCCCCACCAUUCUGCUCUUCCCCAGCCUCACCCACCUCACCUUCCACGUCCACACAACCAGUGGCUUCUCUCUCGCCAUCCACCACGUCAUCCCCAAAUUGACGAAACUCCAACAUAUCACCGUGCAAAUCCAAGGCCCCAAACGCAUUGUCCAAGCACACACCUCACUCGAUAGUGCUGAGUUCUUCAGAUCAUUCCUCAAGACGCGGAUUAUGUUGGACAACAUGCUGAAUCGGGAUUGUAAGUGUGUGCAUGUGGGACACAGGAUGCAGGAGUGGGUUUGGAACAUUGAGGAGAAGGAUGAAGUUUUUAAGCCAAGGAUUAAAAAGUUGCAUAUAAAAUUCCACGAUCAUGCUCAGGAAGCUGCGUCGAAGAUGGUGCAGGAUUGA